UUAGUGAACCCUUUGUUUUGUAAGUUUAAAGUAGGCCUAGUGUAAGUAUACCAUUUGGACCAUGCUCACUAAGGUAUUGAUUCACCUCUCCCUCUAACCCUGUUUUUUGUUCGUCAGCACUGCUCAAUCUAUUACAUUCUAUCACCCAAGUGAAAUUUACCUGUCAAAGAGUGAUCUAUUGAUUCAGAGUAAUUAACUCUCUUGUCUCGUAAGGCCAAAUUGAACGAAGUCGUAGAUUAAAGUCAUAAACUCCGCACAAAACACUGCGAAUCAAUUGCAUUAUUUUAUAGGAUGAAUUCCCUUCAACAAUAUUACACGUUUUCUGCGUCAAUCGUUUCAAAUUAUUCUAUCAAUUAUUACAUUCAAUAUUGGAUGUAGAUCUACAAUGUCCAUUUAGUAUUGGCUUUUUAAAAAUAGUUUGCAAUUGAUUUUAAUCAUAAUAGCACUUUAAAUUUUAAAAGCAUUUAGUUGGUAACUAAUAGUGCUUUCUGGAUACUUGGAUUAGAAAAUCAUACUGUCUAGCUAAUGGAUGUCUCAGAAUACUGGAUCAAAAGGCUGCUGAUGACGUCAUCACUAUUUGUACUCGCAUGUCUUCGUUGUGCAAGCUGCGAGAAGAAGCUCUUCUGUUAUUACAGCAGCGAGGCUCAGUACCGCACUUACCCUGCUAAAUUCCAGCCCAGUGACAUCGACGUCACACUGUGCACACACAUCAUCUUUGCUUUUGCUGAGGUGAAAAAUGCUAAAUUGGCGCCUUUGAACUGGAAUGACCAAGGUCCUACAGGGUUAUAUGCUCAAGUGACUAGUCUGAGAACAAAGAACCCUGAGCUCAAAAUUCUAUUGGCUAUUGGUGGUUGGGUGGCUGGCUACGAACAAUUUUAUGAUGUGGUCGAGUCUGAACAAACGAUCUCACGGUUUGCGGACAACGCUAUCACGUACCUCAGGGAUGCUGGCAUGGAUGGCUUAGAUGUGGACUGGGAAUUUCCCGGCUCUCGUGGAAGUCCCGGUGAAGAUAAAUAUAAAUUUACUUUAUUACUAAAGACACUUUUCCGGAAGUUUCGUGACGAAGCUGUACGGACCAAGAGAGAUCGUCUGCUGCUGACGGCGGCAGUGGCUGUUGGGAUUGAGUUCAUAGAACCAGCCUACGAAACCACAGAAAUACACAAGUACGUAGAUUUCAUGCUCCUCAUGACCUACAACUUUCAUGGGGGCUGGGAUAAUGUCACAUCACACCACAGCACGGUACUGCCAAGCCAAUAUGAUGUGGGCGAAGAAACAUGGCUUUGUCAGAAUUGGGCUGUCAACUUUUGGUUGUCUCAAGGUGUUCCGAAAUCAAAAAUACUUUUAGGACUAGCCACCUAUGGAAUGAGCUUCACACUAGAAGAUGACAGACAGAACCGUCUAAAGGCUCCAGUGUUAGAUUUCGGUCGUGGAGGGCAGUACACGCGUCAAGAAGGCAUCCUAGCUUACUUUGAGAUUUGCGAGAACGUUCAGCGCAGAGGUUGGAAGAGCUACUGGAUCAAUGACCAGCAGGCGCCUUACGCCACCAGUGCUGACCAGUGGGUUGCAUACGAUGACAUGGCCAGCAUUAAGUUCAAGGCGGAGCAAAUGGUCAACGGGUAUGACCUGGCCGGGGCGUUUAUUUGGUCAGUCGAGCUCGACGACUUCAACGGCUUCUGUGGAUCUGGAAAAUAUCCAUUGCUUCUGGCCUUGAAUGAUGUCAUCCGUCGUGGAAACAGGGCGGGUCUCUCACCAUCAGAAUUUCAAAAGCUCCCGGAUGUUGUAUUUCCGUCUUCUGAGUGUGCUGUCUUGGGCAUGGGCUUACACAGCGAUUCAAGGAACUGUCGUUGGUUCAAGCUAUGUUCACCAGUCAAUGGAAAGUUUAGAAUGAAGACUUAUCGAUGUCCAGAAGGCCAAUCCUACAAUAGCACUAGUCGGAUCUGUGAUGUUAGCCCAUAUUGCUUCUAAGCUUUAAAAAUUAUUGAAAUUCUUUGAGUUAUUAUUAAAAUGUGUAAAGUACAAGA